AUGAAACCAGGAUAUACAAAUAAACAUUUAAAUAUAAAACAAAUUAUAACUAGUAAAAUGAAUCCUUCACAAGACAAAGAUAAAUGUCAAGAUUCCUACAACUCUGAGGAGUUGAUCAAGAUGGAGUCAGAUUAUGCUGCUCACACCUACCACCCACUUCCAGUCGUCUUUAAAAGGGCAUCUGGUGUCUAUGUUUGGGAUAUGGAGGACAAGCGUUACUACGAUUUCCUUAGUUCAUACUCUGCUGUUAACCAAGGACACAGUCAUCCAAAGAUUGUCGAGGCCUUGAUUACCCAAGCACAACAGUGUGCUCUCUCAUCAAGAGCAUUCUACAACGAGAUUUUCCCUCAAUACGCAAAGUUCAUCACUGAAUUCUUUGGUUACGAAAUGGUAUUACCAAUGAACACUGGUGCUGAAGCUGUCGAGACUUCAAUUAAACUUGCACGUCGUUGGGGAUAUGUACAUAAAAAAAUACCAGUAAAUGAAGCAAUUAUUAUUUGCUGUAGAGGAUGUUUCCACGGAAGAACCAUUGGUGUUAUUUCAUUAUCGGACGAUCCAUCUUCAUUCUCAAACUUUGGUCCAUUGCUGGGUGGAUUCGUAAAGAUUGAUUACAACAACGUAGAGCAACUCGAGGAAGCUCUCAAUAAAUAUGGCGACAGAGUAUGUGGUUUCAUUUGCGAGCCAAUUCAAGGUGAAGCUGGUGUCGUCGUUCCAGACGAUGGUUACCUCAAGAAGUGCCAAGAGAUCUGCAAGAAGAACAACGUUUUGAUGAUCGCCGAUGAGAUUCAAACUGGACUUUGCAGAACAGGUCGUCUUCUCGCCUCAGACUGGGACAAUGUCAAGCCAGAUAUCGUACUGCUUGGAAAGGCCAUCUCUGGUGGUCUUCUCCCAGUGUCCGCUGUAUUAUCAUCAAAGGAAGUCAUGUUGACUAUCAAGCCAGGUGAACACGGUUCCACCUAUGGAGGUAGUCCAUUGGCAUCGGCCGUCGCCAUGGCUGCACUCUCGGUGUUGCGUGACGAGAAUCUUGCAGAGAAUUCACUCCGUCUCGGAGACUACUUCAGAGCUGAGAUCACCAAGAUCAACUCGCCAUUGAUCCAAGAGGUUCGUGGUAAGGGUCUGCUGAAUGCUAUCGUCGUCGAUCCAAAUGCAACAACAUCGGCAUGGGAUAUCUGCUUGAUGUUUGCCAACAAGGGUCUCCUCGCCAAGCCAACCCACGAGAAUAUCAUUCGUCUUGCUCCACCAUUGACCAUCACCCAAGAUCAACUCGAUGAAUGUAUCCAAGUCAUUAGACAAGUGUUCUAUGACAUCGGAUCAACCUCAAAAGACAUCCCCGGAAAAUAA